GCAUUUACAGAGACCCAUCCAAUGCUCAUUACUAUAUUACAGUGCCAUGAAGCAAAAUAGUGACAUUAAACCACUCUCCCUGAUCUCCAUAUUCCUCAUUGUUAUUCUCUUUAAUGUUACUGAGAGUACUGAAACUACAGAGUUUCAGCAGAGGGAGUUGUUGUCCUAUGGCGGUGAUUCUUUAGCCAUCGACCCAUCCAUUGAAUUCCCAAAUUCCAGGUUGAAGAACGCUUACAUUGCAUUGCAGGCUUGGAAAGAGGCCAUAAUCUCGGAUCCUUAUAACACAACAGAGAAUUGGGUUGGAUCCGACGUGUGUAAUUACACCGGCGUGGUCUGUUGGUGGGCGCCGGACGACCCGUCGGAGCCCACGGUGGCCGGGAUUGAUAUCAACCACGCCGAUAUCGCCGGAACUCUCCCGCAUGAGUUGGGGCUUCUCUAUGAUAUUUCCCUGUUCCACAUCAACUCCAAUAGAUUCUGCGGUACCCUUCCCCAGAGUUUCGUGAAUCUGAAACUCCUGUUCGAGCUGGAUCUCAGUAACAACCGGUUCGCCGGAAAGUUCCCCUCCCUGGUUCUCCAGUUACCCAGUCUUAAGUACCUGGACAUCCGGUUCAAUGAGUUUGAAGGUGGGAUUCCGGCGGAGCUUUUCGACAUGGAAUUGGACGCCAUAUUUGUGAACAAUAACAGGUUCUCCUCUGAGCUGCCGGAAAACCUAGGAAACUCCCCGGCUUCAGUUAUUGUUUUGGCUAACAAUCGGUUUCGAGGUUGUCUGCCGAGGAGCUUGGGAAACAUGUCGGAAACGCUCAACGAAUUGGUGCUGUCCAAUAAUGCUUUCCGGUCGUGUCUGCCGAGUGAAAUCGGGGAGUUGAGGAAUUUGAGUGUGUUGGAUGUGAGUAGGAAUAAGAUGGUGGGUGAGUUGCCGGCGGAGAGUAUAGGGAGAAUGAAGGGGUUGAUGGAGUUGAAUUUGGGGUUUAAUAGGUUCUCUGGGGAGGUGUCGGGCAAAAUAUGUUCACUAUCCAGUUUGUUGAGCUUUGAGUACGAGGAUAACUUUUUCACCAAGGAUGAUUCGGCUUGUCUUAAUUUGGCUGCUUAUGAUGACACCAAGAAUUGUUUGAGAGACAGGGAGAAUCAACGGACUGAGUUGGAGUGUAAGAGGGUUUUGUCCCAGGCUGCGGUUGUUAAUUGUAACAGUUUCAAAUGUGGCCCACCACCACCACCGCCACCGCCACCACAACCAGAAUCACCACCGCCACCACUAUCAUCUCCUCCACCCCCACAACCAGAAUCACCACCACCACCAUCACCACCGUCACCUAGUGACUGCAACUGCAAUGUAACAACAUCACCACCUCCUCCUUCUCCACAAAAAAAUUCACCCCCACCCCCACCACCACCGUCGCCUACAAACAAUAUACCCUCGCCACCGCUACCGCCACCGCCACCCCCACCCCCGGGAUCUCCUCCGUGUCCAGAAAAAACACCUCCACCUCCACCGACUCAAAACUCGCCGUCGUCUCCAUCAUCACCUCCAAGUUAACCCCACAAAAUUAAAGUUAAUUAUUACAUUUGAGUUUCAAUUCAAAUGACCACUUAACAUCACUUGUAUCGUCCGUCAUUGCCAGCCAUUUCAGAUCAGUUUUCAUGCCAAUAUAAUAAUUGAAGCGUCACGGUUGAGAUUCUGCAUGCAGGCUGAAAUUCAGGAAAAAAAGAUCAGAGUUUUGUGUAUGCAUCAAUUCAAGCAAAUCAGAAAUACAUGUUGUAAUUGAUUAUGUGUUUUUAACGACGGCAUUUCAUGAGGGGUGACAUACAUACAAGUAAUGCAGAGUGGUGGGGAACAGCAUGCAUGCAUGCAUGCCAGCACUGAGCAUUUACUUUACUUAGCUUUUUUCUUUGUGUCUCUUCCAAAUAUCAAUAAAAUUACAUGUAAUGAGGCAUUA